GUUGGGAAAGUACUGAGAUCGAUAAACGUCGCAAACACUAAAUAAUAAGAGAUUAUCGAUUGACUACCUAAGACCUGCUCUCUGUACUAACUUCAGUCAUAUUACAAAAUCACGUGAGAUGGAUUUUUUCAAAACGUCAACAAUAGGGGACGUUGUAGUUUCUUGCUAGUGUAUGUGAAUAACUAAGUAGGCAUGGCAGCUUUUAGGCAAGUUGGGGAGAAACAGCUUCCCAAUGAAAUCACUUUCAUGGUAUGGUCACCAAAGAGAGAUCUAAUUGCACUUUCUAAUAAAGCUGGAGAGGUUUUAUUGCAUCGUCUUGCCAAUUUUCAACGUGUUUGGAGCUUACCAGCUAAUGAAAAUACAGGAAAAGAAGUGACAUCACUAGCAUGGCGGCCUGAUGGAAAAAUUCUGGCUUUCAGUUUGGCUGACACCAAGCGAGUCGUUCUUUGUGAUGUUGAAAAACCGGAGUGCCUGCAUUCUUUCUUGGUGGAUGGUCCUGUCACUUGCAUGCACUGGACAGAGGUGGCAGAAGACAGCAGUUCUUUUACACCUUUUUCAAGCUCAGAAGGCGAGACAGAGUUACUUCUGCCAAAGUUGCCUAUGCUACCCAAAAACUAUAGUACUGCUGCAAAAAUAUUCAGUGAAGAAAAAUCUGAUGAAAUUAUGAAGCUCUUGGGUGAUGUGAGGCUGAAUGCUCUUGUUCUUGGUACUAGCUCUGGAUUCAUCGAAAUAUUUGCCUAUGGAAUGUACAAGAUUGCUACAGUAACCUGGAUUGCUGGUUCAUGCCGGAGUCUGUGCCUUUCCAGUGAUCUGAAGUCAUUGUCUGUCAUUACUGAAGUAAGCAUAUCCACAGAUCCAGAGCGAGUUAUCACUUACACACAGCUUGACACCAGUUUGCUUUCCAACUGUUUACCUGAAGUAACAAGAAUGGCUAGAAAAUUCACUCAUAUUUCCACACUUCUGCAGUACCAGAAACUUUCAUUGACCUGCAUGUGUGAAGCUUGGGAGGACAUACUAAUGCAGAUGGACUCCAGAUUAACCAAGUUUGUACAGGAAAAGAAUACAACCACCUCUGUACAAGAUGAAUUUAUGCAGCUACUACUGUGGGGUAAAGCAAGCCCAGAACUUCAAGCAUUGUUAAUGAAUCAGCUGACUGUAAAGGGUCUGAAGAAACUUGGGCAGUCCAUCGAAUCUUCUUAUUCCAGUAUACAAAAGCUGGUUAUAAGCCACUUACAAAGUGGCUCUGAAGCUCUUCUGUACCACUUAAGUGAGCUAAAAGGCAUGGCCCUAUGGCGACAGAAGUAUGAACCUCUUGGAUUAGAAGUCACCCUAAUUGAAGAUUCAGUUAAUGCUGUGGGUUCCUUCAUUCUGAAAUCCAACGAGCUGCUGCAAGUUAUAGAAAGUAGUAUGAAAAACUUCAGAGCCUUUUUUCGGUGGUUAUAUGUUGCAAUGCUGAGAAUGUCAGAGGAACAUAUCCUUCCUGAACUCAACGUCAAUAAGAUGUCCCAGAGAGACACUGUAUUUGUUGCUGAUUUUCUAUCUGAGCACUUUAAUGAGGCACCUGAGCUUUAUGAUCGAAAAGGAAAGUAUUUCAAUGUUGAAAGAGUGGGCCAGUAUCUUAAGGAUGAAGAUGAUGACCUGCUAACACCCCCUAACACUGAUGGAAACCAUUGGUUCAACUUUGUUCAGAACAGCACACACCUGAAAGACAGUCCUCUGCUUUUCCCAUACUAUCCUCAAAAAUCACUCCACUAUGUGAAAAGACGAAUGGAAGGAAUCAUUGACCUAUGUUUACAGAAACCAUCAGAAACAAUUGGGAAGUCAAUAUCACAAGCAUUCUGUAUGCCACUAUACAGAGUACAAAAAAGGGAACCCAUACCAGUAUCUCUUGAGCUGCCAUCACUGUGGAACAGUAAGUCUUCUGACUUGCACUAUGUAGUAUUUACAAUGCCUGAGCAGUCACCUUCUAUACUUUACUUAUUAAGGAGAUCAACAGAUUCAUCUAGGUGCAUAAACAAUGCUGUAUUGGGUGUUGAAUUUGGAAGUAAGAUGGAAUUUAAUGAAGAAAGCCAGUGCAGCUGUCUGGAUGCCUGUUUUUAUGAUGAUGAAACCUUGGCAGUAGUGCUAAAGGAAGAGAAGGAGAGAGUCUUGGCUCUGUUACCUUUGUCAUCAGUAUAUGCAGAUAACGACUGUGUGGAAGAAUUUAGCUGGGAUACAAGCAGAAGUCUCAUCGAUCAGAGUAGCAACAUCCCUGUCCAAUGCGCAUUUUUUGAGAAGCAAGUGAGAGUCCUUGAGAAUAUGAAGGCCCAGCAUGUUGCUGUUAAUGGUUUUCGGAAAAUAUCAUGUGUACUGAGUUCUAAUCUCCGCCAUGUGCGAGUUUUUGAGAUGGAUGAGGAUGAUGAAGGUGAGAUAGAUGAGGAAGAGGAUCACGAAUCACAAGAUACAAAUGGCACGCAAAAGGAAUUGGAGGAGUCUAUAGACUGCCAGGAUGUUUCAGCCAUAAGUGACAUAACACAAGAGACUGAAGAAAACAGUGAUGUGCAAGAUGAAAGCAUUUCAAAUCUUGAAAUGAGUGAUGCAUGAUCAUUUCAUUGUCAUGUACAUCCUUGGUGAUUUAUAUAUUGCCAUGUUCAUGUUCGUUUUCAGCCAGCAUUAUAUUAAUGCUGUGUCUGAUACUUGAAAUCCAACUGUAUUAUGCAGUGAUAACAAAAUGUCAGAAAGUAAUAAAUUCUUUUUUUUUUUCUAA